AUGGCAGUCAGUAAACCUAAAUAUCCCCUGGGCUCUCCUCAAGAGCAUAUUGAAAUGUGCGGAUCCCAUGAGUUACCUAUAGAUAUGAUGUGUGAGGACUGUGAUAAAUUCAUUUGUGGAAAAUGUGCCAAAACAGACCAUAAAGAUCACGAGUGGAACACUCUCUCCACGGCAGCCACCCAAAGGAGGAGGGGUCUGCUUAAAUUUCUGACAAAGAUCAGAGAAGGGGAUCUGCCUGGAAUUGAUGAGAAGAUUGAGAUGGUUUCAAAACAGAUCACAGAAAAUGAAGAACUUUGUGACUCUGAGAUUAAAAAACUUCAAAAGCAUGUUGAUGAGAUAAUGGCCAGGUUAUUAGAAAUCAGAAACCACAAUGAGGAAAUAUUGAGAGGCAAUUUGGAGAAAAAAAAUGAAAAAUUGAAAAGUAAGAAAUCUGAGAUGAACAAAAAGAAGAAAGAAAUUCAAGAGGUAGUUAAGUUCAUGGAGGACAACAAGAGUACCAUGUCGGAUUUCAGUUUGAUUGACAACCACAGAGAACUAACAAAAAUGCUCUCUGGCCCGGAUGUUGAUAUAAAGAACUAUAAACAUUCAGCGAGAUACAGUAAAGGUGAAAUCAGUGAUGAGGUUCUGAAGAAUAUGACUGGAAAAACUCUGGAUUUAGAUGAUUUUAGUUUGACUGAAACAAACUCAUUUAAAUAUGGAGAUGACAUCAUACGUUUAUUGGAGGCAUUGUGUGAAGACCAUUGUUACAUAGGAGAUAAGAAUUCACCUUACUUUGAACAAUUAGUCAACACAGAAGGUGAAAUAAAAUACAGAUAUAAUAUUGCUUCCAGUGAUAUGUGUGUGACUGAUACAAGUGACGUUUAUUUCACUGACUUCAGUAACAAUUCCAUCAGUCGUCUGUCACCAUCAGGAUCUGUGUCCACAGUUAUCAGUGCAGAUCCACUGCGACCAGUAGGAAUCUGUCAGUCAGUGGACAGUGGACUACUGGUCACCUUGAGAGAUGAUGAAUCAGGUUAUUUCAAGUUAGACUCACACAGCAGACGUCUGGUGAGACACAUCACAGUGACAGGUGAAGUCAUCCGUGAGUAUGAGUACCAGGAGGACGGUCAGACCAGACUGUUUACAUAUCCAGUCAGAGUCACACAGAACAGUAACAGUGAUAUCUGUGUUUUGAACUUUACAAAUCCCACUACAGGUGAUCUAGUGAUUAUAUCUCCCUCUGGUCGUAUGAAAUCUAUCUACCAUGGACAAAAUCUGACAGAGGACUUUUUUCCAGCUGAUAUCGUUUGUGACUCCCUCUGUAACAUCCUUGUUACUGACCUUUACAACAAACAGAUCCAUAUACUGAGUCCUGACGGGGAGUUCCUGAAAUUCUUACUGACAGAGAAUGAAGUGAACUCUCCAUACAGAUUAUCACUGUACAAGUCUACACUGUGGGUAGGAUACUAUGAAGGACUUGUCGAAGUGUUUCGAUACAAGGUGUAG